AUGACCGGAGUAACACGAGAGCAGGCGCAAGACCGAUCACGCUACAUAUCCGAUGCAGUUCAAACACCGCCAAUUUCUAAACGUAAUAUAAAAUAUCUUCAGAAAAAUCGCAAAGGAGGAUUUAAUUUUCGGUCUCAUCCGGUAUUUGAAAAUCGAAUAUCUGCUGCAGUGCUUACUCCGUUCCAACUGUAUCGAAAGCAUGGCAAUGAUAUUGAAAACCAUGCGCUGAAAGGACCAAAAGAAGGGGAAUUUUCAAUAGUCAGUUUGGAUGCCCGACCGUGGGUUGCAGCGGGUGUAGUAACACUUACCACUAAGACUGAAUUACAUAUUAAUUUAGAGAGGAACCUCAGCUUACGGCAUAACAAAAAUACAGCUUUUCACAUAGACACAUACGAAUCAUACGCCACAACUGUACAAAAUUUAACGAAUUUGGGAGUACUUAUGGAAGAUAGCGAUCGUGCACUGCGAUUACGAAAACUUAUUAUUGAAAAAGAUGAGCCAGAAUUCAUAGAGAAGUUGCCACGGGAAGUAGGUAGGUUGGGUUCGAAACUAAUGCGAAAUUUGAACAUCGAACAACAACGAGCAGUUUUAAAAGCACUAUCUUGUAACGACUAUGUGUUAUUACAGGGGUUGCCUGGCACAGGCAAAACACAAACAAUUAGUGUUCUCAUACAAAUGCUUGUUUUUCUUAAACAGCGUGUCCUAGUUACUGCGCACACGCACUCCGCUGUCGAUACAGUUUUGACCAGGUUACCGGAGUCACUGAAAAUAAUGAGAUUAGGAUCGUCAUCACGCGUCGCUCAUGAUCUUGCUGCUAAAUCGGAGGCUACCCUUACCAAAAACUGCAAUACUUCAGAAGAAUUAUCAAAAUUAUAUGAUUCUAUGGACGUAGUGGGUGUGACUUGUUUGGGCGCGAAUCACGCCCUUCUUUCUAGAACAACUUUCGAUGUUUGCAUUGUAGACGAAGCCACUCAGGUUUUACAAUGUACAGUACUACGACCUCUUUUUGCUGCAAAGCGUUUCGUUCUUGUUGGAGACCCAGAACAAUUGCCACCUGUUGUUAAAAGUAAAUCUGCUAGGCGUCUAGGAAUGGAAGAGAGUCUUUUCCAUAGACUUAUGAAUGAUAAAUCGACAUGUACACUACAACUACAAUAUCGUAUGAACCAGGCCUUAGUGGAUUUCGCUAAUAAAGUCGCUUACAGUGAUAGACUAAAGUGCGCGAAUAAGUCUGUUGCGGAGUCGACUAUGAAUAUUGACGAUGAGAAACUUGCUGCCCUCGACCCAUGGGAAAUAGAAGCUUGUAGUAAAGAUGUGGAUAAAGCAGCUCUUUUCUACAAUGUGGAGCCAAUCGAGACUAAAUACCAUAAAGACCUUACUAACACCGAUGAAGGCUGCGUCGUACUCGCCUUAGUUAAACUAUUUAUACAGGUUGGUGUCAAAAACUCAGACAUAGGCGUAAUAGCACCAUACCGCGAUCAAGUGUCAUUAUUGCGUCAAAUGCUUGCGACAACGCAUGUCGAAGUCAGUACCGUUGAUCAGUUCCAAGGACGAGAUAAAUCUGUCAUCAUAUACUCAUGUACUAAAAGGAAUUCAUUUGAUGAUAAAGUUAAGGAGGGUGAAGUUUUAAACGACCAACGCCGUUUAGCAGUUUGCGUUACUAGAGCCAAACACAAGUUUAUAGCAAUAGGAAAUGAACAAGUUCUACGGAAAUAUACACCACUAUCUAAACUUAUUGAUGCAUGUACACAAAUUGUGAUGGACAAAAAUAUAUUACUGGAGCUGACUAAACAAUAUAAGAGUGUGUGA